CUUUUCUCCCUCUCCUACAUUUUCUUGCUGUUGCUAAUUCAUGGUGAUCAAAUGAUGUACGACAAAAUAAAUUGUAAAGAGUGACUGCCUGGAGUUGGGAACCAGAAGGUGUUUUCCCCCCUCCCAAGGAGAGAGCAAACCUUUAAAAAGGAAGGACAAUUGAUUUUUGGGGGGGAGCUUAAGUGAGCCUUGACUUUGCAGCUGGUUGACAGCAGGUUGGAGGAGGGUUUAAAGCCAGGUGCGCCGAGUCAGCUCGCCAUGUCCAGAUCCGGGGACAGGACCUCUACCUUCGACCCCAGCCACAGCGACAACCUGCUGCACGGCCUCAACCUGCUGUGGAGGAAGCAGCUAUUUUGCGACGUGACCCUGACGGCCCAGGGCCAGCAAUUCCACUGCCACAAGGCCGUGCUGGCCUCCUGCUCGCAGUACUUCCGAUCGCUCUUCUCCAGCCACCCCCCUCUCGGGGGAGGGGUCGGCGGUCAGGACGGGCUGGGGGCCCCCAAGGACCAGCAGCAGCAGCCGCAGCAGCAGCAGCCGCCACAACAGCAGCAACCGCCGCCACAGGAGGAGCCCGGGACUCCUUCCUCCUCCCCCGACGACAAGCUGCUGACCAGCCCCCGGGCCAUCAACAACCUGGUGUUGCAGGGCUGCUCUUCCAUCGGGCUGCGUCUAGUGCUCGAGUACCUCUAUACCGCCAACGUGACCCUCUCCCUGGACACGGUGGAGGAGGUGCUGUCGGUCAGCAAGAUCCUGCACAUCCCCCAGGUCACCAAGCUCUGUGUGCAGUUCCUCAACGACCAGAUCUCAGUGCAGAACUAUAAGCAGGUGUGUAAGAUAGCMGCGCUGCACGGCCUGGAGGAGACCAAGAAGCUGGCCAACAAGUACCUGGUGGAAGAUGUGCUGCUGCUUAACUUCGAGGAGAUGCGCGCCCUGCUGGACUCGCUGCCGCCCCCCGUGGAGUCGGARCUGGCGCUCUUCCAGAUGUCCGUGCUGUGGCUGGAGCACGACCGCGAGACCCGCAUGCAGUACGCGCCCGACCUCAUGAAGCGCCUCCGCUUCGCACUCAUCCCGGCCCCGGAGCUGGUGGAGCGGGUCCAGUCAGUGGAUUUCAUGCGCACCGACCCCGUCUGCCAGAAGCUGCUGCUGGACGCCAUGAACUACCACCUGAUGCCCUUCAGGCAGCACUGCAGGCAGAGCCUGGCCAGCAGAAUUCGCUCUAACAAGAAAAUGCUGUUAUUGGUUGGAGGGUUGCCGCCCGGACCUGACCGGCUCCCCAGCAAUUUGGUUCAGUAUUACGACGAUGAAAAGAAGACAUGGAAAAUACUCACAAUUAUGCCAUACAACAGUGCCCAUCACUGCGUUGUGGAGGUAGAAAACUUCUUGUUCGUGUUGGGUGGAGAGGACCAAUGGAAUCCGAAUGGAAAACAUAGUACAAAUUUUGUCAGCCGAUAUGAUCCCCGAUUCAAUAGCUGGAUUCAACUUCCACCCAUGCAAGAAAGAAGAGCCAGUUUCUAUGCAUGUCGGUUAGACAAACAUUUGUAUGUUAUUGGUGGAAGAAAUGAAACCGGCUACUUGUCCAGUGUGGAGUGCUAUAACCUGGACACAAAUGAAUGGCGUUAUGUGUCCUCUUUGCCACAGCCUCUGGCAGCUCAUGCAGGAGCAGUGCACAAUGGGAAAAUCUACAUUUCAGGAGGUGUACACAAUGGAGAAUAUGUCCCCUGGCUAUAUUGCUAUGACCCCGUAAUGGACGUCUGGGCUCGAAAACAAGAUAUGAACACAAAGCGCGCCAUCCACACUUUGGCUGUAAUGAAUGAUCGCCUGUAUGCAAUUGGAGGAAAUCAUUUGAAAGGUUUCUCCCAUCUUGAUGUAAUGCUUGUGGAAUGCUAUGACCCAAAAGGAGACCAGUGGAACAUUCUCCAAACUCCCAUUUUGGAGGGUCGAAGUGGUCCUGGCUGUGCUGUGCUUGACGACAGCAUUUACCUUGUGGGAGGCUACAGCUGGAGUAUGGGGGCCUACAAGUCAUCAACAAUAUGCUAUUGCCCAGAGAAGGGAACCUGGACAGAACUUGAAGGAGAUGUAGCAGAACCCCUGGCAGGCCCUGCCUGUGCSACAGUAAUCUUGCCUGCCUGUGUACCCUACAACAAAUAGCCCCAGGAAACUCUGGAAGGAACAGCAUCACAUCCCAGGAAGCAGUGACAGGUGACGUCACUAUCCUAAUAGGAACUGUGCAUUUCUCAUGAUACAACUGCUGAAACCCACCUUUGGUUUCUGAUGAUUUACAAGUAACUACAAAAGAAAGAGACCUGUUAGGGAACAGAUACUGUGUCUGCAACUCAGAUCGUACCCGACUUCCUGUGGUGAUGGACUCUUCCAUUUCAGACUGGUUUUUAAUUUGUCCCAGCUUUACAGAAACUCCUCAUAUGGAUCUUAACUUUCAAAGGGAGAAAGCUAAAAUACAGAAGACUGGCCCCAGAGAGACCUGAGAUCAGUAUUGUGCAUUGUACUCUACCUGCAUGUGAUCGAUGUUGAAGUUU